AUGUCCAUCAAAAUUGCGCUGGAUAACCAGCCAGAGUUCUACACCAAUCUCGAUGCCGUCUCCGGCAAGGUCAUUCUGAACCUCCCUAGGAGCGAGCAGAUCGGUUCCAUCGUCGUCAAACUCGAGGGAGAGUCCGGCACAGCUCUCCAGGUUCCCAAAAACUACGGCUACGAGCCAAACACUGCCCGGGCCGGUCCCCCACCGGGGCCUCCGGGCAGCUUCGUCAGCGAGAACCACAAGAUCUUGUACAAGCUAGUAAAGGUUUUCCCAGACGAUUACUAUGAAAGCUCCUCCAGUCCCUACGGGUCGUAUCCCCUCGAUGCCGGCCAGCACCAGUUUCCCUUCAAGUUCAAGCUGCCCAUCAACAAUGCGUGCAGCAACCCUCAAGCCAUGGCGAGAAUCGGCGGUCUGGCCGGCAUUGGAGGCUACGGGGCCAGCGGCGGCCUCUUUGGACUAAGCGGCGUCAGGGUCAUGGACGGCACGAAGCAGCUGUAUCUGCGGCAUGCCACGGCGACUCUGCCCCCAUCGUUGACUGGAUAUCCCAUGGCGGCGGAAAUCCGGUAUUAUAUCAAAGUCACGGUUCAACGGCCUGGGCUUCUGAAGGAAAACUGGCGCUACCAGCUCGGCUUCAAGUUUCUGCCCAUUGAACCGCCUCGGCCUCCCAUCACCGGCCAAGAGGCCUUCGCUCGGCGCCCCUUUUCCUUCCAGCCACGAACGCCAGGACAGAAGAAGCGCAGUUCACUCUUCAGCAGCAAAAAGAAUGACUCUUUGGCGACCCCAAUCACCGACGCCCCGACGCCCCCAUCAAUAGAAAUUUCAGCCCGGUUACCGCAUCCUUCCAUUCUCACCUGCAAUCAGCCAAUUCCCCUCCGGCUCAUUGUAAAGAAGCUCGUCGACAGCCCCGAACAAGUCUACCUGAUAUCGUUCCAGAUGGACCUGAUUAGCGUGACGGAAAUCAGGGCACAUGGCUUGGUCAGUCCUAAAGGCAACCGCUGGGUUGUUGCCUCCUACACAGACCUCGAAAUCCCCCUAUGUGGCGCGGGAGAUAAAGUUGGGGAAGAGUUGAUACUAUCAGAUGAGCUCUGGAGGAGCAGGCCCCUACCCAAUACUGUCGCCCCUUCUUUCAAUACCUGCAACCUCUCUCGAAAGUACGAAGUGGAACUUAAGCUGGGAGUGAGCUGGGGGAAGCCAAAGAUGUCCAAGGACUCUACGCAGCCCCAAGCUCUGUUUCUGCCUCUGCAUUUUGCAAACGUCAGCGUCUUUUCCGGCAUCACGCCACCUCCUGAGCUGCUGGAAGCUGCUCGGAACACGCGCCCAGGGGAGGUUACCAUUUCUCGAGCUCCUCGGCUGCCUCCCCGGACUUCUGUCUCCGAGGCCAGCGGCUCAGGGAAUCUUGGAGUUCCUCAAACUCAAAGAAUUGCCCGGCGGCCAAGCGCACCUGCUGCACCCGCUAUGCCUCCAAGACCUCCGCAAGAUCCUCUAUACCCUCCGCAGCUACCACCGGGCGAUAUUCCGGCUUAUGAGGACGUACCGCCUCCGAGCUACGAUGAAGCCAUGGCAGAGAAUUUAUCUGGGCCGUUUGACGGAUUACGGCCACGGCCGGCCUAUAGUGGCGUGACGAAUGAGAAUGCGCCUAGCGAGAUGCCCCCUACCAAAAGCUAG